AUGGCCGACCACAGUUUCUUCCAAUUUGACAGUGACUUGCGCCACGAGGACUCUAAGGCGACACAGCAACAUUUAUCAGACGCAGCACUUUGCGAACGGCUCCAGCGGGGAAGGGAGGUAGCCGAGCAGCACGUCCUCACAUUCCGCACUGCAACGGCUGCGAAUGGGUUUCAGAGGCCGUUGGAACUGGGAGGUGCCAGGCGGGAUGGCGGGCAUAGCCUGGAGCAUCCGAAGCAUUGUGGGGAAGCCGUCAAAGCCGCGCCGCACCUGGGCCGGCCAGUGGCGGCUUAUCGCGGCUCAGUGCGGCGAUCACAUUCGGCCGGCGCCUUUCCGCUUGCGAUUGGCAUCUCAACACUGCACCGGCUCUACGCUUUACCGCUGCCAACCUCUCCUUCUACUUCGGGACGUUACUAUCAGGAAUCGAGGCCAUUCCAGGAUGGCGCCCGUCCCGUCACGAAUAUUACCUUUGCGCAAGGACAGAGACAGGCUCCAGAGGCUACCCCCGCCUGGGGGAAGGUCAGCCAGUGA